CCUAACCCUUCUUCAUACGUCCUCUUUCUCCUCCCUUUACAAAGAAGCUGCCGUCACAUUCCUUCUUCUUCCUCCUCCGCAAACUCGACAACGAUGGUGAAACGGAAGCAACUCUCCGAGGCACAACAAUCACCUCCCGUCGAAGAAAACUGCAAAUCCCUGAUAAAGAAGCUCGCCUCCUGCAAGCAAACCAUCCGCGACCGCUCCCUGCGAACCCUCCUCCGCACAUGGCUCCCCGAGCAAGCCUCAGUCCCCGACGAGGACAUGAAGAAGCUGUGGCAAGGCAUCUUCUACUGCAUGUGGCACGCGGACAAGUCCCUCUACCAGUCCGAGCUCAUCGACCGCCUCGCCGCCGCUCUGCACUCCCUCCCUCUCCCUCUUUCGGUCCACUACUUCACCGUCUUCCUGUUCACCAUGCGCCGCGAGUGGUCCCGCAUCGAUAGGCUGAGGUUGGACAAGUUCUACCUCUUGAUCCGCAGGUUCUUGCACGCGCUGUUGGCUCUCAUGGACGGGAGCUCGUGGGAUUUGGAGCUGACGAGAAGGUUGAUGGGUGUUUUGUUCGAUGGGACGUUUCUCGCUGGGGAUAAGUUUCAGGGGAACGGGGUUAACUAUCAUGUGGCGUCUGUUUUCGUUGAGGAGGUUAGGGAGUUUCUUCCGUUGAGGAAGGAGGUUUUGGAGCUUGUGUUUGGGCCUUUUGUGAUGGUUUUGGGGAUUGUUAGUGAUAAGGUUUUGGUUGGGAAGAUUAAGAGUAAUUUGUUUGAUGAGUUGCUUAAGAUGGGGAGGAGGCUGUUGGAUGUUAAGAAGGGUGGGGAUGAGGGAGUGGCUGAGGAUGAUGAUGUGGUUGUUUUGGGAUCUAUUGCUUUGUCUAUGGAGUUUGGGAAGAGGUUUUAUGAGAUGGGUUCUUCUCCUGAUUGCCAUCAGGGGAAUAGGAAAGUGAUUUUUGCUCUUCAUAAAGAGUUCUUGCAGUUGGAGAAGGAUAUGUUGAGUUCUGGUGUUGAGGUUUCUAUCACUGAAGCUUCUCGGGACGAGGAAGUGCCUGAGCUGGUUCCUAUGACUGUUGAGACAGAAGCAGGAGUGCCUGAGACUAAUAAGAUUGUUGCAAAUGGGUCUUCUUCGAAGAAGAAGAAGAGUAGUUUGAAGAAAUGUUCAAAGUCUAAAAAGGACAGCGACAAGAAGGAUGCUGAUGUCGUUGUCAAUCAUGGUGAGAAAGAUGAGUCCGUUGACGAGACUAUGAUAUCGGAUCUCAGAGAGGAGUUUGAGAAGAUUGCAUCCGAGAUGGGGCCAGUGAGAGAUGAGGUUGCGAGUGUCUGUGAAGAAGCAGAACCUGUUCCAGUAGCCCAAAAGAACAAGAAGAGGAAAAGAGAGAACAAAGGUGUUGUAGAGCAAGGUGCUACUGUUAACAGAGAUGCAGCAGAGACGAGCGUACCUGGCCCGAGCAGUGAGAAGAGCUCAAAGAGAGUAAGAUUCGCAAUGAAGAACAAUUUGGUGUGGAAGCCUCAUUGCCCUCUACCUCCACAAGACCUGAGGUUGCCUCCGUCUGCUACACCGAGAGGAAGUGCUCUGAAGAAAGGAAUCCCAGCUGGUCCAGUGAGGGAGUCUCCGAGUAGGAAGACGAAGAAGAAAGUGAAACCCAACAAACGUAAAGGAGUGAAGACGAUCAAGAAGUAAUUGUCUCCAUGAAAAAUGAAGUGUUGAGUUACUUAUUGCGUUGCUUUCUUUUCUUUCAAUUUUGUUUUAGUUCCAACUAUUUAAUACAAUUUCGAGAUUUUGUUUGCUGA